CCUCAUCAUUUCAAGUGCGUAGGAUAAGAAAUCGUGCGCCCCCCUCAACCUAUAUAUACUGCCCCGGAUCGAACUCGCUCCAUGAAACCAUUUUUGCCUAUAAAAAUGGUAAACCCAACUGCUCGUUUCCACCUUCUCCUUCUCCUCCUGCUCUUAGUUGCCACCCAAACAUGCAGAAUUUACAGAUUUUCCGAAGCAAAGGUCCACAUACCGGACGAACUGGACGACGUCGUCGACGACGAGGAGGACGAGGCCUGGAGAGAAUGGGGCAAGCCGAAGAACCAACCCGAAUUCGACCCCCCGCCCACGGACUUCACCAAAAUGGGGCUCCAGGAGAUGCAGGAUGAAAUGAUGAAGCGCCAGCAGGGACCCGUUUUCGGGUUCGUCAAGCUCCGACCCGGCACUCCCCGGACUCCGGAGACGGUAUCAGAAAUUGCCGUGAAAUGGACCAAGGUUGCAAGAACAGGAGCAAUUGAGGCCAAGUUCUCGGGUGUUGAUGUGAGUACCAUCAUGUUUACCAUGCAAAAGGGUCAAGAUGCUCUGGAGUUGAAAGAGUUCUUGUUGAGCCAAUCAGAGGCUUAUGAGAUUAAGAUAGGAGAUCAACUAUUUAGAAGACCAGGAGAUCCUUCAUUCGAAGAGGUUUUUGAGAAGCUGCAGGCUGAGAAGAAUAAAGGCCAUGUUGCCAGUGAAAAGCAUCAAGAGCUUUAGCCACAAGAAGGGCUCUACUUGACACCCUUCCUAACAGAUGAUGCAAGAGAUGUUUGUAGAUCACACUGAUUAAAACUUUCUCAUGUUCCAUCACUUUUCAUGUAAACCCUUUCUCGAAUUUCAUGUACUUUUUCCAAGUUACUGUUGUAGACUCUCCUGUUCCUACAUGUAUCUUAACUAUGAAACAUAAGAUUUAUGAACUACAUAUUGCCAUA